GCUCCGCGAGCGGGGAAAGGGGGCGGCGGCUGCAGGAGGGGGGCAGCGCCGCGGUGCCCAGCGCCCGCCCCUGAGGAGGGGGCCCGGCCUGCAAGGUGCAGCCCCCCCACUUCCCUACAGACCGUCUUAUUAUCUGCUGUCCUGUCGCAGCAGGGACCCUCGAAGGAAUGGGACCGGAGCCUACCCCAUCCUGACAGCUGCCCCAUGCUGCUCCCCUCACCCGUUCUCCUCGCCCCGUGAUAAUGGAUGAGUGGAAACCCAACGCUCAAGCCAAACAGUUUGUCUUGCGGAAAAACCGGAGCUGGUACCUCGCCUGGAAGUACAAGCUGAUGAAUCAGAGAGCUAUCAGGCGGCUAUGCCAGAUGGGUGCCGUCCUCUUUCUGCUUGUGACUGUGAUUGUGAAUAUUAAGCUGAUCUUGGACACUAGAAGAGCUGCUAGUGAAGAGGAGGAGGAGUCUGCCCAAGACUAUGAUGAAGGUGUGCAGCAUCUGGAGACCCUGCGCCGCCCCACCAGCAGCAGGAAGGUCUUGGACAUCGAGGUGUACUCCAGCCGGUCGAAGGUCUACGUGGCUGUGGACGGGACGACGGUCUUGGAAGAUGAGGCUCGGGAGCAAGGAAGAGGGAUCCACAUCAUUGUGUUAAAUCAGGCUACGGGUCACGUGAUGGCCAAGAGGGUGUUCGACACCUACUCACCCCAUGAAGAUGAAGCCAUGGUCCUCUUCCUCAACAUGGUCGCUCGUGGUCGCAUCCUGAUCUUCUCCAUUAAGGACGAAGGCUCCUUCCACCUUAAAGACUCGGCAAAGAGCCUCCUGAAAAGCUUGGGAAGCCAGGUCGCCUCGUCCCUCAGCUGGAGGGACAUGUGGAGCUUUGUGGGGAAGAAAGGAGGCGAGGUGUACGGCGAGAAGCAUUCCAAGUCCCCAGUGCUCUCCACGUGGGGGGACCCCGUCUUGCUGAAAACCGAAGUCCAGCUGACCUCCGUGGAAGAUGCCGAGUGCCGCUGGCCCGACACGGAGCUGAACCGCCGCCGGCGGAGGUUCUGCACCAAGGUGGAAGGUUACGGCAGCGUCUGCAGCUGCAAAGACCCCACGCCCAUCGAGUUCAACCCUGAUCCCCUCAAGGACAAUAAAGUCUUUAAUGUGCCUGUGGCUGUCAUUGCAGGGAACAGACCCAACUACCUGUACAGGAUGCUGCGGUCCCUGCUGUCGGCUCAAGGGGUCAACCCCCAGAUGAUCACAGUCUUUAUUGACGGGUAUUAUGAGGAGCCAAUGGACGUGGUGGAGUUGUUUGGCCUGAAAGGGAUCCAGCACACGCCCAUCAGCAUUAAAAAUGCCCGAGUGUCUCAGCACUACAAGGCCAGUCUGACCGCAACCUUCAACCUGCACCCGGAUGCCAAGUUUGCUGUGGUGCUCGAAGAAGACUUGGACAUCUCCGUCGACUUCUUCAGCUUCCUGAGCCAGUCGAUCUAUUUACUGGAGGAGGACGACAGCCUGUACUGCAUCUCUGCUUGGAACGAUCAGGGCUACGAGCACACGGCCGAGGAUCCCUCGCUCCUGUACCGCGUCGAGACCAUGCCCGGCCUGGGCUGGGUACUGAGCAAAAGCCUCUACAAGGACGAACUGGAGCCGAAAUGGCCAACCCCCGAGAAGCUGUGGGACUGGGACAUGUGGAUGCGGAUGCCGGAGCAGCGGAAAGGCCGGGAAUGCAUCAUCCCUGACGUCUCGCGCUCGUACCACUUCGGCAUCGUGGGGCUCAACAUGAAUGGCUACUUCCACGAAGCCUAUUUCAAGAAGCACAAAUUCAAUACCGUCCCGAACGUGCAGCUCAAAAACGUGGAGAGCCUAAAGAAGGACGCCUACGAGAUUGAAAUUCACCGGCUCCUGGGCGAGGCCACAGUUCUGGAUCACGGCAAGAACCCGUGCGAGGACUCCUUCCUGCCCGACACCGAGGGCAAGACCUACGUGAUGUACAUCAGGAUGGAGCAGGAAGCCGACUUCACCACCUGGACUCAACUCGCCAAGUGCCUCCACAUCUGGGACCUGGACGUCCGCGGGAACCACAAAGGGUUGUGGCGUCUCUUCCGCAAGAAGAACCACGUCCUGGUGGUGGGCGUGCCCGCCUCCCCCUACUCAUCGAAGAAGCCCUCCGCGGUGACCCCGAUCUACAUGGAGCCCCCCGCCAAGGAGGAGGUGGCCGGGCAGGUGGCAGCGGCAGAGCAGACGUGAGCCGGAGAGGUCUCCACGGCACCACCGCACACAGAGAAGAGAGGGGGCAGCGCUUGGGAGAGGCUGGGUACUUCCAGUGCGGGUGGGGUAGGGACUCCGCUAUGCCCCAGGAUGGGCAUGUGCUCCCCGGAUGGAAAACGGGACACAGGAUCCCGCCCCUGCCUGGGGACUGGCUGCCGUCGCUCUGGGACCCCGCAGCGCUGCCCUGUAGGAUGGGACACCCGCCCACCCACACGGGCUCUUUUUAACACUGACUCUUUACUAACUUUGCCACUUUCCUUAGGAGGCGGCAUUUUAAAUGCAGCGGCUCCUUUGAGGCCCUCUCUGCCCCACGGCGGGAUGGCAGGGGAAUUUUGUAGCCCAGGAAGUGCUGAUGCCCUCGGCCUGCAUUUUAUUUAUUAACUCUUGUGUGGCUGGCUCGGCCUGGGCCGGGCUCUUCCAUCCGACGGCUCCGCCCUGGGCCGGCGGUACCCUGGGAGCCUGAGCCAAGGGGGGUGAAACGCCUUGUCCUCUGCCUGGUUUGUGGGGCAGAGACGGGACGUGGUACAGCCCAGCUCUAGAGAGGUUUGGGGAUGGCACUGGUGAAAGGCAGCCGGAGGAACAAGGAUCGGGGGAAAUGUGGCCUGUCUCUUUAAAUGGAAUUCUCUCCCACGGGGGGCCGCCCCCCCACGGAUCAGUGGAUGGCACCACGUGAGAGACCCGGCUUCAAGGCGUCCCCGCCCGGCCACCGAUGUUGUGACUCUUCCCAGUGCAAGCUCAUGCGUGGCAGCCAGUGAGCAACACGGAUUAGCCUCUCACCGGCCGUGGUGCCGGAGCGGAGAGACGGGAGCCAGCUGGGGUGGGGAGGUGCAGGGGGAGAAAGAGCCUUGCAGAGCGGGCGCUGCCCUGGUGUGUGGAGAACAACCCCUGCCCAUGCAUGGGCCCAUCGGUUGCUGCCCAAAGCUUAAAGGGAAGACGGCAGCAAGGGGGCUGGGAACCAGACAACUCCACGGCAGAGAGCUGCUGCGGCAGGCUCCCGUGUGCCGGAGGGGGUCGCAGCCUGCUGUGAUCACUGCUGGUUCCCAGUGGUACUCGCCCACCCUGCCGGGCACCCUCAGGCCCCCUGCGCUGAGCGGGGUUGGGCUGGCUCUGAGGAGCGGUCACGGGACGCCGCUCGUAGGGAGGCCGGGAUCUGUGCUCUCGGGGUGGGGGCGGCUGUCCCCUCCGGCCCUGAGCCCUGCCAGCCUGACUGAAGGUACGGAAAGGAUGGACAUUCAGGGACGAGGAGGGUUUGGGGUUCCCCUCCCCACUGCCUGUGCCUUAGCUGAGGUCCCACAGGGCGGGGUGGGAUGAGUGACCCCAGCCUGUAGAUUCCCCCUAGCUGUAGCCAGCGGGAGCGGCCCAGCAAGCAACGCCCCCUGGUGCCAGUUUGAUCCGAGUCCUGUAGGUCCCUGUCCUGGGGUCGAUGCCUAUAUAGAGAUGAUUUUUAAUUCCCUUCCUGCCGAUCAGAUUUGCAGGAGCUGGGUAACUUGUGAGCUCUAGCUCCGCUCCUCGGGAGCGGGGGAGCUGGGAAAGGCCCCACCCUGGGAACUCUGCUUUGAAUUGGUUCGAGCUCUAGUUCCAUGUUGGGGACAGGCAGCGCCAUGCUUGGAUCAGGCACCCCCCAGCCCCUGCCCGCUAUGGGAUCGUACCCCGGGCUGGGUUCCAGACCCAUAGCUGACGCGACAGUGCACUUAUUGAGGGCGGACGUGGAGGCAGAUGGCUGUGAGUAGAGCGCCAAUGCACUAUAAUUUGGGACGAGAGGAGCUGGGGACUCCGGAAUGAGACCUGUAGGAUAUUGGUUUGUUGCAGCCCAGGCAUGCAGGGAGAAGGGCCAAGACCAAGUGCUUAACUUCCAUUGGUUUCAAUGGGACAUAGGCACCUCAAUAAUCUUGAGGUCUGGACCAGAGUCCUUGCCAGCUGUCUGGCCCAUGCUACGCAAGUUGGCAACUAGCGGAUCUGGCGUCCGCAUUGCUCGCAACUGGCCGUCUUGGCUGCAAGGUCAAGGGUCGAAUGGGGCAAGCCUGUGCAGCGUUCGUGCUGCCGCUGCCUGUGCUGUUUGUGGAAGAUUCUGCUCUCUUCUCCAGCCUGCCGUUCGCCAUGCAUCUCCCUCACCGCCACCGCGGUUUCCCAGGUCCGUUGGGACGGUCCCUGGCUGGGGCUGUCUACAUUCUGUGGCACUGCUGAAGGGGAAGGAGCGGCAGAGGGGCCUGAUUUUAAAGGCACGUGUGGUGAAAACGAGCGAUCAUUCGGAGCAGCUUGGCUGUACUGAGGAUCGAAACCCACCCUGGAUGAGCCGCCGAUCCCCAGGCAGUCUCCUGCGCAGAACGCUACAUUAACUUAUUUAUUUAUUCGACUGGAGGGAUGAGGUUUUGAAACAGGAAGGCGCCUAGGGACCUCUUUUGGGAUUGCUGUCAGAGAGGGGUUUCCCACGAAGCAGAUGUUGGGGCGUUGCAUUGUUCCAUUUGGUUCUCCCUCGGCCAGUUGACUUUGGCAGGGUUAGGAUGGCUUGUGGUGCUUCUCUUUUCACCCUCAAGAUAUACAGCAGUACCUCACUGGGUUAAACUCGGAAGCCCAAGCACAGGUGAUGGGGGAUUUUUGCAAACUCUUAAGGAAAUGCACACACACAAUUGACCCAGCGAAUGUACCGCGAGUGCUGACUUUGCUGUGCCGUAGCGAAUGCUCUGUAGCGUGCUUGGCCAAGACCGGAAAGGACCCCCUAGAAAUGUGAGAUGGCGCGACAGCGCUGUCUCUGCCGCUGGGUCUCCGAGAAGGGGUGGGGGGCUACUGCGGCUUUCCUAUGCUGGUGGUGUGCAGUGACCGUUCUGAACCCCAGAGUGAUGCUUGAAGGCUGGGUGUGUCGUCGUCCUUUUCUCCUCUCUAAGAACCCCAUUUCCCGCCCCCUCCUUGCCUUUUGCAGGCGAACUUUUCAAUAAAGACCCUCCCUUGUUUUACAAUCGCUUGCGGGUUUUGGCGCUGAGCUGCUGCUAAUUCCACUCUUGUUUUGUAAUCGGUUUACACCUGUGGAGCGGAGGAGCUGGGAGAAGGCAACGUAAGCUGGUUCUUUGUACACUGAAAUAAUGUGAUUUGAUUGCUGGUGUCUCCUGCUGUGUGUGGUGUUUUUUUGUUUUUUGUUUUCCUCUUAUUACCUGGUAGCGUCCGGGGGAAUCCUCCUCUAAUCAGUCUUUCUCUAGGCGGCUCCCCCUCUGCUCUAACCAAUGGCGUUGCAAUGCACAGAAUGGGAUGGAAGGGCCCCCUUGACUUCACUUGAUAGUUUGUCCUGCCCCAUUGAAGCCAAUGUGCUGUGGCCUUCAGUUGUAACAGGAUUUGACUCUGGAAAGGGGUCGCAAUGUGUCUGGCUCUGCAGCGUCUCAAUAGGGCAAACUUUUCUUACCCUCCUUCCUUGAAAACUAUCACCUUUGUGCUGUCAGCCUCUUUUUUGCCUCUCUCUCUCCCUCUCUCCCCUGACUGCCCCAGUCCAUCCGGCUUGGUCUGAGGGGCUGGCCGGCCCUGGCUUGCCCAACUGCAGGGUCCUGCGUGCACUGGGGUGGCGGGACGGGCUGGCCGGCCCUGGCUUGCCAGCUGCAGGUGCUGCGUGCACUGGGGUGGCAGGACAGGGGCUGAGUGAGGGAUUGGCGCUUUCUGAAUCCGAUUUAUCUUUUUUUCAAAAUAAAUACUGCAGUCCUGUUUA